AUGACUUGUUUAUUAUAUUUUGGUCUGAAGGAGGUAAAAGAUAAUUCUCAAUAUCCAUUGACUAGAACAGGCAAAGUUUAUAAAACAUUCCCAAAUGGAAAAGAACUUUGGUAUAACGAUCUUACCGAGACUGACGGAAAUAUUUUUGUCAAAAUAUUUGAGACAAAGACAAAAAUACUGAUUGACUCAGAAACACCUAUGGCAAUUGUUGAAUUAAUUGAAGAAGUUAAAAAUGAAAGGAAGGUAGUGAAAGAGAUGAAUGAUGAGGAAUUUAAAAAGAAAUGGAAUGAAGCAACAAUUGACGAUUUAAAAUACAAUCAUGAUGAUGUUGCUAAAAAAUUAGCCCUGAUAUGGAGUAAACAAGCAAAGAUUUUGAAAGAAAACUUGAAAGAAUUAAAAGUUGAAUAUGAGAAAAUUGAGAAAGAACUAAAAGAAUUUAAAACCAAACGUAACAAUUUAGAGGUGUCUAUAAAAUUGAAAGAAAAAAUAAACGAAAGUGAUGAAAUGUCGAAAAAAAUAAAAGAAAUUGAAGACAAGAACUAUAAAGAAUCGAAAGUAAAAUUAAACAAGAUGCGAAACGACCAAAAAAAGGAAUGGGAAAAUAAACUGGAAAAGAUAAAAAAUGAGAAUGAAGAAAUUUUGAAAAAAAGGAUGGAAAAUAAACGCAAGGAAAUGUUGGAGAAAUAUGAUGAGUUUAUUGUAGAAUUAAAAGAAAUGUGGUUUGAAUUAGUUUUUUAUCAUGUAUAUGAUGAAUUAUAUGAAAACGAAAACAAUAAGAUACCAUUUAAAAUAAUUAAAGAAUCGGAAACAGAAAAAGCAAGUACUAGUAUUAAUAUUAUUGAUGAAAAAGACGAAUCUAUUCUUUAUUUUGAUAAAAUUAGUUUAAUUAAGAAAACAAUUAUGCCAAAAAUUUAUGAAAAAGAAUAUGCAGCAAAAUUAUUUCAAGAGAAAAAUUCUGCAAUUCGAGAAAAAUUCUGCAAUUUCUACGAACGAAGAAAUUAUUAA